AUGGCCUGCUGCACCACUAGCUUCUGUGGAUUCCCCAGCUGUUCCUGGGGGACCUGUGGACCCAGCUGCUGCCAGCCAACCUGCUGCCAGCCCAGCUGCUGCCAGCCAACCUGCUGUGGGACAGGGUGUGGGACCGGGUGUGGCAUGGGCUGUGGCCAGGGCAGUGGCUGUGGAGCCGUGAGCUGCCGCACCAGGUGGUGCCGCCCUGACUGCCGUGUGGAGGACACCUGCCUGCCCCCCUGCUGCGUGGUGAGCUGCACCCCCCCAACCUGCUGCCAGCUGCACCAUGCCCAGGCCUCCUGCUGCCGCCCAUCCUACUGUGGACAGUCCUGCUGCCGCCCAGCCUGCUGCUGCUACUGCUGUGAGCCCACCUGCUGCCAGCCCACCUGCUAA